CAAAAGCCCUCAGUUUUACAUUUUAACCCGGUUUUUUGUCAUAUUUUUCGUUUCGAACCGUCUAUUGUACAAAAAGCACGAACCGUACCUUUCAAACUUUCAUCCUCGACCUAACCCUACCUUCCGAUCCCUCGCAGAUCUCGUUCGUUUUCUUCAGUUUUCCCCAAAUUUCUUACCUUAAUCUUUAGAUCGGACCUCUCCGUGUUUCAAUUCGCCUUCUUUCGCGUCGAUUGGCCCCAAAUUAGGAACCUCCGUUGAUCUCACUCGUUUCUAGGGUUUCGGUUUCAAAUCGAUCCCUUAGGUCAUUAUGGGAUGCAAGAGGCCAUUUGAGGAGAUGGAGUUUGAGGAGCUUCCUUUUAAGCAUUCAAGACAGCUUGAAUAUGGCAAUAAGCCAGCUUCAUUUUCUGAUGUUGUUUCUAGCUAUAAUGCACACCAGGAACAUCUUAUUGCUGCUAAGGAUGAGAGUGGAUCAUAUAAAUUUCAGUGGCCUGAAGUACAUGAAAAAGACAAUGUUGUUAAAUCUUCCACUUUCAUUGGAAAGGAUUUUGUGACAAGUAACACCUUGCCAUUGGUGGCUGAAAGUUGUGGCGAACAAAAUAACAGUUCUGCUCCUUCUAGGGUAUUUGCUUAUCCACCUCUGUCUCCAGGUUAUUUUGAAUAUGAUUUUCAUCAGAAGUCAUUUGGUCCUUUGGACGGUGUAUAUUCUUCGUCUUUGGAUUGCUCUCCUAGACGACAAGUUCCUAUCGGUCCAAAUCAUCAAGCUAGCAUCCCAGUAUGGAGUGGAAGCCAAAAUGAAAGAAGAGUAGAUUCAACUGAGUUAUUCGAGUCCAAGUCUUGCUUUGAUGUUUCUAAUGCUAUUGAGGAAAAGCUGAUGGGAACUUGUAUCAUGCCAAUGCCUGACUCAAGUUCAUGGACCAAGGAGAAGAGUAGUGAGGUUGAAAAUGACAGAAUAGAAUGUGGCUGCUUUGAUGCAGGUUCUAUAAGGUGUGUGAGACAGCAUGUCAGAGAAAGAAGGGAAAUUAUGAGGAAAACUCUUGGAGAUGUGGCUUUUGUAAAUUUGGGAUUCUGUGAAAUGGGGGAGGAAGUGUCGUGUAAAUGGAGUGAAGAAGAAGAUCUUGUUUUUCAUGAAGUUGUUUACUCCAAUCCUGCAUCAAUGCGUAGAAACUUUUGGAAACACUUGUCUGCAGUGUUUCCCUAUCGAAGUAAAAAGGAACUUGUCAGUUAUUAUUUCAAUGUGUUCAUGCUUUGCAAACGAGCUGCCCAGAACCGAUCUGAGUUGCUAGAGAUUGAUAGCGAUGAUGAUGAGUGGCAUGAAAGCAAUGAAGGUCUCCAAGCAGUUAGAGAAUUUGAAGAUGACAAAGACUCUGCAAUUGAGUCACUUGUUGAUCAAGAUGAUCAAUUACAUCGUGACGAUGAUUUUUCUGAAGAAGAGAGCGAAGAUGAAGAUAGCUCUGAUGGUGGUGAUGAGUGCGAUGGUAAUGUUGAACAUGAUAGAAGAGAUGAACAUAUAUCAGAAGCAUUCAUGCCAAAGUCGGUCAAGCUGUGCAAAUUUGACUCUGUCGAUCCAAUGGAUAAGAUUUCAGGCAAUUUUCAGGAUGAUUUUGCUUUUCAGGACGAUUCAUGCAUGUCUUUUGAGUGUCAGACAAACAUGUCCGACUCUUGUGGUCCAGUUGACACUGGAUCUGUUUUUGAGGGAAGUGAUGCUCGGAGUGAAAAUAACAAAUGUCUGCAGAGCAAACUCGAUUCAUCUCCUCGUGUGGUGGAUCAUAUGUACAUAACAGAAGCUUGCGAUGCAAAAGAUUGGGAUGCCAGGUAUAUAACCGGUCCUGUUAAAAGUUUUGAUCUUCUACCAUGGAACAUGAUUGAAGAUGUCUUCGGAGAAGACAAGGAGAAUCUAAAGAACAGGGAUGACUGGGACUAGGAAUAAGGGCACCCUCUGCUUUCCAUGACAAUUUUAACUCUGCAUCACAAGCUGCCUUAACACUUGAGAUUUACACGCAAGGAAAACUUCUCCUCAAGCGUUGGAGAUUUUGAUCUCUUGUUCUCUUUUUGUACAUUCUAAUCUGGAAUCUAAAUUUCUUAUGGAAAAUAAUUUUUUCAAAUAUAAGCUGCCUACCUCCAUCAAAAUCCCCCAGUAAUUCUUCUUUUGGGGCCUUCCUUGUCUUUAGAAUUUUGUACAAGGAAGGGUACAGCUUCUUUUUGAAUGGUAAAUAAUAAUUUAAUAUAAUAUUAGUGCAAUAACACUGGACACUGCAAAUUAGAUGUUUUUCUUCCUCAUGAAAGAGAUUAAACAGGAGAAAAGUUUGGAAAUAUGUACGUGGCUUUAUCCUUGAAAAUGAAAGCAGUAUUUGAAUUUGAAA